AUGAAGUUUCUACUCUUUUUCAUUUCACUCUAUGCUCUCUCUUUCUUCCCAAUAUCUUAUUCCACAGAUAGAUCAGAAUUGCCUAUGAUUGCUUUCAGUUGGUGGGAUGAUAUAGGUACGUUUAGAAGUGGUGAAACAGCAACCAUCAAGGUUAAAGUACUUGAGAAUGGUGAUAAAAUUGAUACCAAUAUCUUCCAUCCCAUUCUUACUGUCAAUGGAAAGGAAGGAAAUAGUUCCUAUGUAUCCACCGUCUUGUCCCAUUUCAAAGGAGACUUUGAUAAUUGGAAGAUUUCCUUCACUCCCAUUAGGGUUGGAUUGUUCAAUGUCCUCAUUGAUGAAGAUCGUUACAAAGUUUCUGACUCGUCGUUGCAUUUCCAAGUUGAACCAGGGAACAUGUAUCCAUCCGUGUGUAUAGCAUCAUGGAAGGGGAUGAAAUACGAGUUUGAAGCUGGUUCAAAAGCUACAAUUAUGGUUUUACUCAAAGAUGCAUUUGGGAAUGGCAUAUCUAAGACAACUCAAGUUUCCUAUAUGCCUGAUUUUAAGUUGCAUGUGUUAAGUAAAAAUGGUUCUGUUGCUAAUGAACCUGAUAUCUCCAACAUGGCAUGGAAUGAGUUUGAUUAUAUAGUCAUCGAGUUCGUAGUGACCAAAGCUGGAAACUUCUCUUUACACGUCGAAGGAGGAAAUCAAACCUUGAACGGUUCUCCCUUACCGUUAAAAGUGAAUCCGGGAGUUAUAGAUGUUUCUAAAUGUGUAGCUAAAUGGAAAAUUGAACAUCAUGCAUGGCAAUUGUCUUCAAAGAUGGAGAUCUUUAUACAUCAGUUGGAUCAAUACGGAAAUCUGGUUUCUGGACUGUAUCCAUUUGAUGUUGAAGUCGUUGAACGAGACACAAAUUUGUCGAUACCAAUAGGAGAUCUUCAUUUCGAGGAGGUGGAGGCUGGAAUUCAGUUGUUUUCCUUUGGUAAUUGGGAACCAGGGAACUUCCUGCUAACAAUAUAUGAUGCCAAACAUAACAAAAGCAUUUCCAAUAUGCCAUAUGUAUAUACUGUUUUUGUUGGUUAUUGUGAUGGCGUAAAAAGUGUUAUCAAUGGAUCUGGUUUAAAUGAUUCAGUUGCUGGGAUACGAGCUGAAUUCUCUGUUUAUUUGAAUGACAUGUAUCAAUAUCCUUCUCCUGUUGAAGAAGGCAUACUUCAAGUACAGAUCUUAAGAAAGAAUGAUUCGUACAGUGUUUCGCCAAUUAUAUAUCCCAUGAUAAACAAUAAUGGGAGUGAAGUGGACUUCGGAGUGGGAUACGAUGAUAUCGGCCACAUGGAAACAAUCCCAUCACCUUCACCUUCAGUUGAUAUAGGAAACAAUGUGAGGAACACAAACAUAAUUAGCAGCGUAUUUCAAGUGGAAUACACACCAGAGAAAAGUGGAUUUUAUGACAUUAGUGUAUAUUGUGGAAACAUAAUAUUGAAUGAGGGCCAUUCAUUCAGAAAAGAGCUUACUGCAGGUGAUGUAAAUAUCACCUUGUCAAGUGUGGUGAGGUUUUCUUCAAAGGUACCAAAACUAUUAAAGAAUGAAAUAGUUGUACAGGUUUUGGAUUCAUAUUUAAACCCGGUUCUCUCGCAAGAAUCAAGGUUGAAAUUGGAGAUUACUUCAACUAAUCGUUCGGGAUUUUCAACUUGGGACACCAUUGAUAAUGAGGAUGGAUCAUACACUUGCAGCUAUAUGGUUAAAGAUGUUGGCACUUAUGAAAUUUGUGCUUCUUUUGAUGGCAUGCAUUUCUUGCCAUGUCCCCUCAGUAUCAACGUGUAUAGUAAUGAAUAUUUUCCUAAGGCGAAUGAUGAUACAUUAUCUAUUUGGGAGCAUGAAUCCAUUGCCUUUGAUGCCUUGGAAAAUGAUUAUUUUGCUGGUGAUAAUGCAAGUAUAGUCGAAUUCUCAAAAUCAGAUCAUGGUUCACUUAUACAGAACGGAAGGAUCUUUCGCUACACACCCUAUGAAAAUUACUAUGGAAAUGAUUCUUUUUGGUAUACAAUAUCUGAUAUAAAUGGAAAUCUUGCAACAGCUUCCGUGUGCAUUUCGGUUCUCAACAUUCCACCUCAGUUUGCUUCGGUUCCAAGUCAACUGCAAGCAACAGAAGAUCUGAUAAGUCCGAGAUUCGGCGGUUUUUCUGGAUUUGAGAUAACGUAUUCAAAUCUAUUGGAGAAUAUAUCAGUCAAUCUGAGAGCACAAUCGGGAAGUAUAUUUCUGUCUCCGGUGUUGAUGCAAUUUGGAGAACCAAUGUGGACCGAACUUACAAUUAAUGCAGGAAACGAAACAGCAAAGAGUUUAACACUAGAAGGCUCGGUGGAAGUUAUUAAUAUCGCGCUUCAGUCAAUUCAGUACCUCGGAAAUGAGAAUUUUUACGGUGCAGAUAACAUUCAAGUCUCUGCGAAGAAUAAGAAUGGGGUAAAUUCAUUGAGUGUUCCACUUCUUGUUGAUCCUAUCAAUGAUCCUCCAUAUAUAACAGUCCCUUACUUCAUCAUAUUGAGGAGUGAUGAAGAUGAAAGACUUAUCUUUGACAAAAAUAAAGACAAGUUCAACUUUUACAUUGGAGAUCCCGAUCUUCUAACGUUCCCCGGUGGCGAGGCUCAAUUUCUGAUGACGUUUUCUAUGGAAGUAAGCGAUGGAUUAUUAGCAACAAAUCUUCCAUUUCAUUUGAUCAACACAACUGAAGUGAAACACAGGAAUAAUUAUCAGUGGCAAUGUCUUCAAACAUAUGUAACUAUCUCAAAGCACUUUAUGGUGAAAGCCAGUGGAAUCAGAUUUCAAGGCACAGUAAAUGACUGCAAUACUGUUAUGCAACAACUCUAUUAUCAUGGAGACGAACAUGGAGCAACAUUAACAUUGACAUUGAAUGACAUGGGAAGCUAUGGAUGUUAUCCAGAUUGUGAAGACGGAAUGACAAUGCCAUUAUAUACUGAGGCUAUGGUUAACUUAAUGAGAAAGCAACCAAUGGAUUCAUUUCUUGCUCACACAUUAGGAUCAAUUAUUGUCAUUGAAUUCGUUAUCAUUUCAUCUCUUGGAUUGUUACUUCUAUACUUCACCUGCAAAUGCGCAAUUCUUCUCGUGCAUGAAAGAAGAAACAAUAAGAAAAGGUGUUCAGAGCCAUCAACUGAUCAAAGUUCCCAAGGACAAACUGUUCCUUCCUCCAUUUGA